AUGGAAUACAAGGCAAGUUUGGUGUUGCUGGCGGGCUUGGUGGCCCUCGCAUCUGGAGAAAUUAGUCACCAUGUUAAGGGUUCGCUCCACAGCCCGAUCCACGCCCUCAGCCGGCUGCCUGUGGGACAUGCUGCUCCCGUGCAUCAUGGUGCUGCCCUAGCCCAUGCUGCCCCUGUACAUAUUGCCGCUCCUGUACACCCUGUUAGCCCUGUACAUAUCGCUACCCCUGUACACCAUGCUGCCCCUGUACACCAUGUUGCUCCUGUACAUAUUGCCACCCCUGUACACCACGCUACGCCCGUACAUCAUGCUGCCCCUGUACAUCAUGUUGAACCUGUACAUCAUGUUGAACCUGUACAUCAUGCUGUCCCUGUACACCAUGCUGCCCCUGUACAUCAUGGAAAGGGAUAUGCUCCAGUCUAUCCUGACACGCCUCCACACUACGCCUUCGAGCACGCCGUCAACGACGACUACGCCGGCACCCACUUCGGCCACUCGGAGGCUCGCGACGGCUACAAGACGGAGGGCAAGUACUUCGUGCACCUCCCCGACGGCCGCGUCCAGACCGUCACUUACUACGCCGACGAGACUGGCUACCACCCCACCGUCUCCUACGAGGGGACGGCCCACUACGACGCCCACGCAGUCGCCCCUGUCAAGGCUUACCACGCCCCUGAGCCAACAUAUCACGCCCCUGAACCAGUAUAUCACGCCCCUGAGCCUGCAUAUCAUGCCCCAGUUGUUCCCACCUAUCAUGCCUAAGACUAAGGAAAUAUUCCUUGUGUACGAAAAGUACAACGAACAUUGUCAAUAUUUAAAAGACUUUUCUAUAAUAAAAUGAAUCUUUGAAA